AUGGAAUUAUUAGAAAUAUCAAAUAAUUCUCCGAUAUUAAUAUUGGAGUGCCACGCGUCUUGCCAUCUUGUCGUUGAUAUCAUUUCACUGCAGUUGAGAAAUCCUUGCGACAACAGAAAAUCUCCAAAAAAAUUAUAUCAAAGACCAAGAGGGUCUUUAAUAACACAAAUUGAAAAUAUUGGAAAAACACAUCUUAUCUGCUUUUUAAGGCACUCAUCUUCGAUGUCGAGGUUGUUGAAACACAUGUUAUUGAAUAACGUGGAGAAGCAUUGA